AUGAAUCUUAUUGCAUGGAAUUGUAGAGGGGCCUUGGAGGCCUCAUUUCAGAAUUAUGUGAGGGACCUUGUCAAUAUUUACAAUCCUGCUAUUUUGAUUGUCAUGGAAACAAAAAUUGGUGGUGAGCGGGCUUGGGAUAUUACUGCUAGAUUACCGUUUGAUGGUGCUUUCCAUUCGGAUACCAUAGGAUACGCAGGGGGUCUCUGGUUGUUGUGGGACUCGAGCAGGGUGGAGGUUACAACUCUUUCAAGCACAGAGCAGGAAAUCCAUGCUACUGUCCAGGUUCGGAAUUCUAAUUUUUCCUGGUUACUUUCAGCAAUUUAUGCUAGUCCUAGGUAUGCCGAGAGGCAAAUGUUAUGGAAUAAUUUAAUUAAAGUGGCUGAGCUCCACAAUAUGCCUUGGGUGUUAGCUGGGGAUUUUAACGAGCCUAUUAUGGGAGAGGAUAAGUAUGGGGGGAGGCCGGUGAGUGUGAAUAGAUCUUUAAUGCUUAAGGAGUGCCUGGACUUAUGUAACAUGAUCGAUUUAGGCUUCACUGGUCCCCGAUUCACCUGGACAAACCGGAGAGAUAUUCAGGGGCUUAUUCAGGAGAGAAUAGAUCGGUUUUUCGUUAACCCUAGUUGGUGUCUCCUUUACCCGGAGGCGAGGGUUUCCCAUCUUACUAGAUGCCACUCGGACCAUUGUCCAGUUCUGUUGGAAUUGCAGCCCACAGUCAGGAAUCACCGGGUUAGGCCUUUCAAAUUCCAACGUUUCUGGCUGUCUGAUGUUUCUUUUCCGAAGGUGGUGGAGAAUGUGUGGGGGCGGAUUUCAGGUUUAACUGAAGCAAUUGACACAUUCCAGCAUGAAGCUACAGUUUGGAAUAAACUGCAUUUUGGGAAUAUUUUUGCUAAGAAGAGGAAGAUUAUGGCUAGGCUGAAUGGUAUUCAAAGGGUUGUAGCAGUAAAACCGUCGAGCUCUCUGUUGGAUCUUGAGAAUAAGCUCCUGAAGGAGCUGGAUGUGGUGCUUGGGCAAGAGCAAGAGUUGUGGGCCCUUAAAUCAAGAAUCAAUUGGAUGGUGCAAGGAGAUAGAAACACGGCUUUUUUCCAUGUUUCAACUUUGGUUAGACGGAAGAGAAACCAAAUUCUGGCCAUUAAAAAUGGGGUUGGAGAAUGGCUGCAUGCAGAAGCAGAGGUUAUGGACUAUAUUAGGAAGGGAUUUAGUGACAUUUAUACAUCUUCCUCAAUCUCAUCGGGCAGGAUUCAGUCGGGUUUCUCUCAAUGGCAAGCCCGGCUGACUGAAGAGGAAAAAGAGAGCUUGGGUAGCCCGGUGACGGAAGAUGAAAUCAAGGCUGGUCUCUGGUCUCUGGUCCUUUAA